AUGACGCUUGAGAUGACGACCUCCGACGUGUACGAGCCGUCCGAAGGCAAGGGCACGUGGACAGCCGAGGAGCACGACCGCUUUCUCACAGCCAUGCAGCUCUACCCGAACGGUCCGUGGAAGAGCAUCGCGCAGGUCAUCAAGACGCGGUCCGUGCGCCAAACGCAGACGCAUGCCCAGAAAUACCGCGAAAAGCUCGCGCGCCACCAGCGCGGGUUGCGGGUACAGCACGCGUUCCGGCCCGAGGCCGAGCCGGUCCUGCACUGCCCCGAGACGCCGCCGCCGCUGCCCGACCUUCCCGACUGCCUCGACUUUUUCCUUGACGUCCUCGAUGUCUCGUGGUCGACGGCCGAGGUCCUCGAGCUCUAGACCGUGUCAUCGUCCUAUUUAAUUGUUCGUAAAUCUAGACCUAAUAGCCCAUCGUAUAUCGCA